AUGCCUUCUAUCGAUGCGCAGUUUGUUCAGUUAGACACCAAUCGAGAUGGAUUAGUAAAAGCAGAGGAUCUUCUUGAAUUUAAUGGUGGUGGUCUCACGAUGGCCUUUGCAAAAGCAGUGGAAAAAGUCAUCGGAAAGGGUCAAGGACUGAACUAUGAGCGAUUCCUGUUGUUUGCUUUAUCACUGUAUCACCUCGACACGAGUGCUGCUAAAAGAGUGUACUUUGAUAUACUCGAUGGUCAAAAGAAAGGAUACCUGGACAAGGAUGCCCUCGAUAUAUUUACAAAGGAAAUUGCAGAGAAGUGUUCUACCAAAGAGAAAAAAGUCGAAUACACCAACAUAACUCAAUUAGUAUUCAAUUCAAUCCAGCCGAAGGAUAGCACAAAGUAA